CCCGCGAGCCCGCGGCCCCCGGGCUCCCGCCAUCCGCCGACGCCGGGAGCCGGGGCUCCCCGCGCCCUGCCCUCCGCGCCGGGGGCCGCCCGCCGCAGACACGGGACCCGCUUCGAGGCCGCUUUGGCGCCAAACCCUAAGUUUUAGGCACUGGGGAUACAUCUGGAGAACCAGCUGGACGAGACCCCUGCCCUCACUAGCGUUGGGGGGCUAGGGGGUAAAUAGACAAAGAAAUAAUUCCAGAGAGUGGACCGCCUAUGACUGCGGUAGCAGUGAGAGAAGCUCUCAGAAGGUGCACAUUCCUCCUUGUUCAUUUUUAGCAGCUUCCAAAGCUGCUGUUGAUGAUGCCUGACGAUGCUUUGAAGGCAGAAAACCAACAGUGAGAUCAAGAAUUGUUCUCUAAUGAUCUUGCUUCACCAUGGCUACAAAUAUGGAGGGGCUGGUUCAGCACAGAGUGGGGACCCAGCAGGUGGCUGAGGUAACACGUACACAGACCUCUCGGCCAGAAUCUCCAGGGAUGACCAGCCCCUCCCCACGCAUCCAGAUAAUCUCCACCGACUCUGCUGUAGCCUCACCUCAGCGCAUUCAGGGCUCUGAACCUGCCUCUGGCCCAUUGAGUGUUUUCACCUCUUUGAACAAAGAGAAGAUUGUCACAGACCAGCAGACAGGACAGAAGAUCCAGAUAGUCACCGCAGUGGACGCCUCUGGAUCCCCCAAACAGCAGUUCAUACUGACCAGCCCAGAUGGAGCUGGAACUGGGAAGGUGAUCCUGGCUUCCCCAGAGACAUCCAGUGCCAAGCAACUCAUAUUCACCACCUCAGACAACCUUGUCCCUGGCAGGAUCCAGAUUGUCACGGAUUCUGCCUCUGUGGAGCGUUUACUGGGGAAGACGGACGUCCAGCGGCCCCAGGUGGUAGAGUACUGUGUGGUCUGUGGCGACAAAGCCUCCGGCCGUCACUAUGGGGCUGUCAGUUGUGAAGGUUGCAAAGGUUUCUUCAAAAGGAGUGUGAGGAAAAAUCUGACCUAUAGCUGCCGGAGCAACCAAGACUGCAUCAUCAAUAAACAUCACCGGAACCGCUGUCAGUUUUGCCGGCUGAAAAAAUGCUUAGAGAUGGGCAUGAAAAUGGAAUCUGUACAGAGUGAACGGAAGCCCUUCGAUGUGCAACGGGAGAAACCAAGCAAUUGUGCUGCUUCAACUGAGAAAAUCUAUAUCCGGAAGGACCUGAGAAGUCCCCUGAUAGCCACUCCCACGUUUGUGGCAGACAAAGAUGGAGCAAGACAAACAGGUCUUCUUGAUCCAGGGAUGCUUGUGAACAUCCAGCAGCCUUUGAUACGUGAGGAUGGUACAGUUCUCCUGGCCACGGAUUCUAAGGCUGAAACAAGCCAGGGAGCUCUGGGCACACUGGCAAAUGUAGUGACCUCCCUUGCCAACCUAAGUGAAUCCUUGAACAACGGUGACACUUCAGAAAUCCAACCAGAGGACCAGUCUGCAAGUGAGAUUACUCGGGCAUUUGAUACCUUAGCUAAAGCACUUAAUACUACAGACAGCUCCUCUUCUCCAAGCCUGGCAGAUGGGAUAGACACCAGUGGAGGAGGGAGCAUUCAUGUCAUCAGCAGAGACCAGUCGACACCCAUCAUUGAGGUUGAAGGCCCUCUCCUUUCAGACACACACGUCACAUUUAAGCUUACAAUGCCCAGUCCAAUGCCAGAGUACCUCAAUGUGCACUACAUCUGUGAGUCUGCGUCCCGUCUGCUUUUCCUCUCAAUGCACUGGGCUCGGUCAAUCCCAGCCUUUCAGGCACUUGGGCAGGACUGCAACACCAGCCUGGUGCGUGCCUGCUGGAAUGAGCUCUUCACCCUCGGCCUGGCCCAGUGUGCCCAGGUCAUGAGUCUCUCCACCAUCCUAGCCGCCAUCGUCAACCACCUGCAGAACAGCAUCCAGGAAGAUAAACUUUCUGGUGACCGGAUAAAGCAAGUCAUGGAGCACAUCUGGAAACUGCAAGAGUUCUGUAACAGCAUGGCGAAGCUGGAUAUAGACGGCUAUGAGUAUGCAUACCUUAAAGCUAUAGUUCUCUUUAGUCCCGAUCAUCCAGGUUUGACCAGCACAAGCCAGAUUGAAAAAUUCCAAGAAAAGGCACAGAUGGAGUUGCAGGACUAUGUUCAGAAAACCUACUCGGAAGAUACCUACCGAUUGGCCCGGAUCCUUGUUCGCCUGCCGGCACUGAGGCUGAUGAGCUCCAACAUAACAGAAGAACUUUUUUUUACUGGUCUCAUUGGCAAUGUUUCGAUAGACAGCAUAAUCCCCUACAUCCUCAAGAUGGAGACAGCAGAGUAUAAUGGCCAGAUCACCGGAGCCAGUCUAUAGUGCACACCACACACCUGCCAAGGAGCAAAAGAAUCUUCCCAGGACCGUUCACAUACAAAGAAAAGUAAAGUAGUGGUAUUUUGGUAUGUGCAAAUAUUUCCAUAUGUUAGCCAUUUCCUGUCCGGUUUUUCCUUAUCUGUUAAUCCCAGACAAUAGCAAUUAAGACUAGUAGGAUCCUUUCCUGACAUAAGAAAUGUUUUAAUGCCUUUUGAUGAAGCAGCAGAUUUUGGAACAAUCUUUUAACUCAAUUUAUAUUUAGAAAUUCUCAAAGGGCAAAAAACAGAAAGGUUUUCUAACGUCAGAGACUAGUAUUAAAGAAAACAAAGAACCUAAGAAUAGUAUGUCUGUGUAUAUAUAUAAAAAGUCCUUGGAAUUAUAGAUACUAAUUACCAGGGUAAUAAUAUUAGCACUUUCUAAGCACUUAGCAAUGUGUAAUGUUAGCAACAUCUUGCCUGUGGGCAGGGCAAAUGGAAAACUGUAUAUGUCUUUUGCCGAAAUGCUAAUGAUUUCUGUGGAAACUCACUAGGGUACAGGAGACAAUCAUUUAUGUUUAAGAAAAGGCAUCAUUCCUAAUUGUGUGAACAUGUUGUGGUUGAGCUGAAUUCUGUGAAUGGAAACAUGGCUCAUUUGCAUCAUGCAGUGAGAGAGAGUGUGGUGGCAUAGUCGGUGGUGACCCAGACUAGAAGCUUCUAGCCAUAGAGCGGACAUUUGUCAGGUUCCCUGACCACUUGGUCCUGGUCUCUGAUGGGCAUCUACAGAUCCCUCUAGAACCUGGGGUUCUCCUUUGAUGACUUAGUUGUCUGAAUUGGAUUGCAACUAAUCAGACAUUAACUGCCAAAUGAGAUGUACAAUUCCUUUAGCAAGUGCAAACAUCCCCAAGUCACGUCCAGCGCUCAUGGCAGAUGGAGCCUUCUGACUGAAAAGCGCAAGGUUGGCAUUUUGAGCCCUUGACAGUACUUCCAAUACAAUUGGGGGUGCCUGCGUGUUUGUCCAGAUGGAGGACCGUGGCCUUGGAAUGUGAGGGUUACCUUCCCAGGACUUUUCUACUCCAAAUGCCCCCUUGAAAAGGACUUAUGUUUAUGCAGUUCUGUGAGAACUGUGAGGCUGGAGUGGGGCUGGACAGGAGCCUGCUGUGCCACCUGGCCAGAGUGGCCAGAGCCUGGUAAAACUGGAUGGAAGGUUUCAGGACAGUUUCUUCCUGUUGACCUUAAUACCAGAGAUUUUAAAAAUGUGUGCAGACUUAGCAUCUCUUUUGGCAAGUUUGUUAAUAUUACUAGCACACCGUGCACUUUGGUUCACCCAGGUGUGUGCCAGCCGACCACCCCAGAGCAUUUUAAAUGCAGGCUGCCUGGUCCUUAAAACAACCCACUAUUCCCAUUCCCAAGGUGAUUGUCUUUUUCCUCAUAAGUUAUAGCAACCAGAGUUUACAGCAAGAACAGAGUAUGCUGAUAAGAAAGUUACGUCUAACUAUGAACACCCAUAAAUUCUCAUGGAUGUGAAUAAAUAGCAAGCUCUUCCUGUUUGAGAAACAUGGCAUAUGGAAGACUAGGUCAAGUGUUUCUCUUUUGAAUAGUCCAGAUUAAGAAAAAGCACCUUGUUGGGUUAAGUUUGCCUGUUGAUUUGUUAAUCAGAUGGUAUCAGAAAAGAUCCCCAGACACUCCCCUGCCUCACAGGUGCUCUGAUCUGGCUCAGGCUGGUGCCACACAUGUGCCUGCACAGGGGUGCAGGCAAUGGAAGCUGUCGCAAGCUCAAGGCAGAACAGAAUGCUUGAUCCCGAAGGCUUAGCAGCACUUUACGCAAGUUACUGUUAGUGGGGUAAGUGGGAACAAUAUCUCCAACUUUUGAAUUCUUUAGAUUUAAUUGUAUCAUUUUCUAAUUCUUGCCUUGGCAACACAUUUUGGAGAAUAGUGGGGGUGGCCAUUAUAAACUGGUGGAAAGGAUUUAAUUUUGCCAGCUUAAUUUUUACUUUUCUAACCCUGAUGUGUUUUCAGUUUCAAAAUUAAGACAAAAACCCGGCUGAGACAAUGGAGUUAUGGCAGGUUUGUUUCAUCUCUGCUUGUGAAGGAUUUUAGUAGGGGGCAUCCUGAAGCUAAGCUGUGCUUCUUACACAGAUUGUUGCCUGCUUUCUGUCCUUCUGAUUCUUGAGUGUGAGCAUGAGGACCAUGUUGCAGUUCUUGGGAAUAUACACAUAACAGCUUUCAGAUCAUAGUUCUUGGUAUUGGUAAAAAGGUCUCCACCAGCCCCUCUUCUCAUUCCCAGGUCACUCAGUGGCAGCCAGUAGGCCGUUUAGACCCAGGUGGAUAAGGAAGUCUUGGGCUCUGGUGAAACAGCCUUGCAGAAAAUGUGAUUUUGCUUGGAAAGGUGCUCAUUAUAACCUAGUCUUGCUCUUUAAGUCCCUUCGCUGGUGAUGGCUGAUUCUAGGAACCAUUUUGGGUUUUGAACACUACUUUGUCGGUUUCUCAGAUCCUCUUGGCCUUACAUUGAAGUGGCCUUUUCUUUAAGGAUCAUGUCCACAUAACCUGAAUUCUUGAUGCUUGAACUCAUUUCAAGCCUUUGACUGCAGGUCCAUUUCAUCUCCUGUCAGGUUGGUUAAGGAAAGUCAGCCCAAAGUCAAGAAUUAAAGAGAUCCAAACCAAAUAUUUGGGCUCCAUCUUUCACAGGGUUUAUAACCCUUGUUAGCAGUCUGUGAAACCCUGGGUUUCAUGAAGUAAGAUGUGUCCUCUGGCUGCUGAACUCCACAGAGCCACAUCAUGCUCCCUCUUCUACUGGCCUGGCCACUCCUUCCUCAGUGAGGAGAGGCAGCUGGCUCAGAGAGGUGGAGCAGACACAUGCUGCCAUCUCUUAGUUAAGUGUGCUCUUUUCCAGAAGUAUCUCAGAUAAUGUUGGGUUAAGACGGAUAAAUGCUGAAAUUGGUGGAGAUCAUUACACAUUAACAUAAAACAGACAGGAAGAGAUUUUUUGAAAGACCAAAUUAGUUGAGCAAGUAAUACUUUUCAAGUUACUCCUGAAAGGUGUUUUUAAGGAAGUAUGUUACCUACCAUACUCCCCAAAUUUGACAUUUCUGUGUGUGUCCUGCGAGGUUCCAUUAUUUGUCUAACCCUUGCCAUAAGGCUGUUUGAGGUUCUUUUGCUUUUCUGGGCUUUAUAUUUAAUUUCAGGUGUCAAGAGGGACUGAUUUUUAGCUUGUCAUUGUCAGUAUUAAAUGUGGACUCUUCUGAGGCAGUUAGGACACUAAGCCUGGUGGUAACCAUGGAUGCCUUGGGCUCCUUAAUGUCACGGCAAUAUCCACGCUACACACAUACUUAGCUGUCUUGUCUGGGGGAUAGUUAUGGCAAGGAGCAAAAAAUUCUAAGGACACUAGCUGUUUCUAGGGCUUUUACUUUGAUAGUCCUUUAAGGACAUUUCCUGCAGAGCAGUCUUGCUCACAGCCCUCCCUCUGCAGGGCUUCCAGCCCCUGGCUGCAAUUAGCAGUUGAUACCACAUCUGUGCAUUCAUGUUCUGGGACCUGAUGUCAUUGGAGUCCAGAAGUUUGUUGCAACUUUCCAGUGUAAAUGACUUUACAUGCAAUGGGGUCAUAAGUAACAUUUUAAUGCUUCUGUAAGUCCAAAUCACGGAAAGUCUCAUCAUCUGACAGCCAGUCUUCUCCUAGGGAGGGUGGUGCCCAUUGGGCCCUGGGAAUGCCUCGGCCAGCAAAGCAGAUGCCCCAUGUGCUUCCUUUAUCCAGCUUCCAUUCUCUUGGUUAUGCGGCUCUUUGAAAAUGUCUUAACUUUGAUGUAAAUUUUAAAAGCCAACCCCUCAUUGAGACAGGGUUGGUUUGGGUCUUCUGUAUGCAGGGUGUGGACCCCCUCAUUGUGUGCCUCCUGCCACCGUGCACUUCACAUGUCCAGCCCUGGGUCCCUUCAGCAGCAUUGUGCGUGUACAGGUUACUAGGCUGCAAGACUGAAUGAAUGUACAUGUGUUUAUAUCCCCUCUAUAUGUACAGUGUAUAUAGUGUGUGUAUGUGUACAUAGAUGUAUAUUAUGUAUACAGACAUGUAUCCAAACUCUGCUUAUGUUUUAAAGAGAGUUUUUGAUAAAGUUGCUAACGUAAACUGAUGUGGGUGUUGCAAGGUCCCUCGGCAGGGAAGAUUUGCUGGUGAUUUCUUCACUCCAUUUUCCUUUGGGUGAGCGUGCCUGGGAAGGGCCAUGAAGUCAGAAUCUCCAUUCUGCACAAGGAAGAAUUCCAGGCAGAAAAGAUUCUGACAGGGUGACAUUUCUUUAUGUUUUUAGGUUCAGACAAGAGCCAGGAAGCUGGAAGACAGUUUAUCUUAAUAUCUAAAACUAAAUGGGAAUUUUUUGUGCGCCUAUUCAUGGCCUACCUGGAAGGAGCUUGGCAGUUGAGUUGAGCCAUCAGCCUUCCCGGCUACUCAGCUCUAUUGAGCAGCCCAGAGACAGGCAUUACGGUCAGAGAUUCAGAACGCUCUGUGUAAGUGAGGCCUGACUCCCAAAGAUGGUAGCAAUGUCCCAGGCUUGCUCUGUGCUCAUUCAGCAAGAUUUAGGGUACUAUCCUGUGAGUAAACAAAUAGAAAUUCCAUCUCUCUAUCGCCAAUUAAAAAUAGCCUACCAAAUAUUCUUUAAAAUUAAGCAUGGACAUUGAUGGCUAACCUUUGUGGCAUAUAAGCUACAAAUCGCAAGUUACUUCUCUAACUGUAAGUAUGUGAAUGAAAUCUACAAACUUAAUUCCUUUCUGUAAAUUAUGAUUUGAAAUUUCCAGAUAAAAAUUACAUUUUAAUAUGGAUAUGUGUGUCCUCAAAGCUACAGAUACCAAAUUUUCCUUGUCCAGGUCUAUUCUGAUGAAUUUUACCCCUUAAUCUGGCCUUAAACUGAGACUCGGUGAGACUCGGCCCUAGAGAGCCAGGGCCCAGCCCAGCAGUAGUUGCUCAUGGACCUGGGAAGCAGGGGCCUGCUGGAAGGAAUCACUGGAUCACUGCAAAAACUCACAUAAUCCACAGGUUGCUCUUUUUCUUUUAAAAAUAAGUUAUUAAAAUGUGUUUAAAACACUUUAUGAGACCAUAGUACUCAGUGCCUUUUGUGAGACAGUGGGUUAUUUAGCCUUCAGCUUCCCUGUUUUUGAUGUAGAGAAAGCUUCUGCUAUUUCACUGGCUUCAUCCCACAAGAUUGUGCGACCUUUCCCUGUCAUAGCCUGUCGUGACAAUCACACUACUGAAAGUGGCUUUCUACUUAAAAUGAAAAUAGAAGCGUCACAGUCUCUAAAUGAAUUGAAAUAAAAAAUUUCCUUUGGGGCUGGCUAUUUAUCUUAACAGCAAUCUAAAACCAAAAUGUGAGCUUAGAAAAAGUAUCCUUGUGGGGGAGAAAAAUGUCAGAUAUUUUUAAUGCCCAGCUGUACUUUCAGUUAAGAAGCCAAUAAUUUUGGUGUCUUAAUAUUUAUACAUGCAACAUAGAAAAAAAUGCUCAACAUUUAUUGAUUGAUCGACUGUUAAAGUUUAGUGUUUGGAUAACAUUUGGAAGUAGUAGACUUUACAUUUAAAAAAUGGCUUUUCUUUAGGAAAGUAUAAUCAAUUAUUUUAACAAUUUUAACAACCAUAGCAUUCAUGGACUCAAAUGCUGCUGCCACACACAACUCAAGUGCUGGAAUAUUUUUCUACAGUCUCUCUGUUCUACAGAUUAUCUUGUAAACCAGUGUUCAACUAGUUUUAUAACUGAAAAGCUGCACAUUUUUCACAGUACAAGCCGUAGUUUUUACUUGUAGUUUGGACUUCUCUCUUAGAAUGUAACUGCAUUACCAGCCCUUUUAAAGGCAUCUAUCAAAGGAAAAUUUGGGUGUUAGAUUUUCUUGGGACCGUUUCUGUAACCUCUGCCCUUCACAAUAUAAAAAAUAUUGGUUAUGCCAUUACAUUUUAAUGCCAGGUUUAAAACCUGUUGAAAGCUGCAGCUUUAUACAGCUUUCUUCUCCCUGUGAAAUCACUUUGUUUAUGUGAUGGCAUUUAAAAAAUAGCAUGUUCUUUUUAAACUGAAUUUUAUAUCAAGUCAAUGUCUUCAGUCUUGAAGAAGAAUUUGCAUUGUUGUGUUUGUAUAUAGAGUAUUGCAGUGCAUGAAUUAGCUUUAUGCAUUUUAUUAAAUGCUGUUUCAAUGUGGCAUUAUUGUUGUGGCUUAAUACUACUACCUAAAUGAGGUUUAUACUAUUAAAAGUGAAUUAAAGACUAA